AUGUCUUCUACGUGGGCAGGGGAGGUAGCAGUGGGCAAAGACAUGGCGGUCCGUGAUUCAUUCUCUACAGUUUUGCCCGCACAGCAGACCCCUCAACCAGCCUAUUUCCAAUCUCGCGCAGUAAGUGCUUCUCCACUUGUGCUUCCCACUGCCUGUUUGGGGAAAAUCCUCCCCAACGCCUUCGUCGCCCAGCCAGAAAAUGGAGUGGAAAAUCGAGUAGAGACGUUCGAACGAGGAGCUUGGGUCCUGGGUCUGGGGUAUGUGCAUCAACCUUAUAAGUCUACCACACGGUACUGGUGGCUUCGCACUGGCUUCGUGCUUGCCUGUCAAUCUUACCCCGGAUCGGAUCAAGGCUACAGCUUUCCGUGCCGGAUGAGCGCCGGAUAUCGGUUCGACGCUAUCAGAGCACAAUUUAGACCGAAUGCCACUACAUCCCAGAAACUCCUUGCUUUUUCCAACUAUCUCCCCUCACUCUUCAAUGUCGCGGUCUUAGUCGCAGCUUCGCUUCCUGCCACAAUCGUUCUGCAGCAGGAUGCGGAUUGCUAUGCUACCAGCGCUAUGCUGAUUGACGAUGUUAAUUACUCGGCUGCUUUGCAUAUGACUGACUACCUUACCUCAGAUAACCUGAUCACCAAGAAUCCAACGAACAUGUUCCUCAUAAAAUUGCCCACAUAUAUGACUAGGGCUAGCUGCUCGCGGGCAAGCUUGGUUUCUGCAGCAAUUCGGUGCGUUAGGCCAAACCACUCUCGUGCCACGACGAAGAGCUGGAGUAUGCAACUCAUCUUCUCAUAUACCACCGAUAGAGUCCGUCACAAGAAAUGCGACGAAGCACCCGGGGCGUGUAACAACUGCACAUCUACCGGUCGGCGUUGCGAUGGGUAUGACCAACAUCGUUUACCCCGUGCAAGCAAGACCAAUACGCCACCUCAAGCCAAAUUCCAGAUUGUGACAGGCCUGGUUGGAGGAGUGCAUCGGACGAUGAACCGAGAGGAACGACGAUGCUUCUCGUUCUUCCACCUUCGCACCAUGCCCGCCAUGGUGGGUUUCUUCGACUCUGCCCUGUGGCAGCAAUUAAUCCUCCAGUUGGGGCACGAGGAACCCGCGGUCUAUCACGCUAUUGUUGCUCUGAGUGCGUUCCAUCAAGACUCGGAAAGGCAAGGGAUGCCGCUGUCCAAGGAGGACCUGGGGAACACUUGGCAUCGGUUUGCCUUGGAGCAGUCAAUGCGCUCGUUCUCGCUUCUCCAUACUCGCCGCGCAUCUCACGAUCCUCGGCUGCGGGAAGUCACCUUGCUAUGCUGCCUGGUCUUUGUGCUCUUGGAAUGGCUGCGGGGCCAGUAUGACAAGGCUUUCGGGCAUCUUCGGAGUGGAGUCCAAAUGCUCAAAGAGGUUGGCGUGAAGAUGACAGAUGAGUCGCGUGUGCGUGGGCCCCCGGUAGAGCGAGCCCUGGUCGCUGCUUUCGCCCACUUGGACAUUCAGUCUGCGCAGUUUGGGGAGACAAGUUCACUCGUGGGAGGAAAUCCUAUUCUGGAGAUCACAACGUCGCAGGCACACGGGACACCCACUUUCCGCAACAUAUCUGAUGCGCGGGAAGCACUCGACCACAUCCUUGAACCGGUUUUCAAGUUUACAACCUCCACAGAGGCCCUGUCGCAUGAACAGCUUGCGAUGCAGUACGAGUCUCUCCAUCAGGAGCAGAGCAGACGCUGCGCGGCAGUGAGCGAGUUCGCCCGAACCUUCGACCACUUCCGUGCUACAAGAUAUUACAAGCUGAGCGCGAAAGAGCAACGCGGUGCAGACGUCAUUCACCUCCAUCAGACCGCGGCGUCUUUGCAUCUGGAGAUCUGUCUUCUAGAAAGCAACGAUCCCCUGCUGGACACUUAUACUCCUAGAUUCGAGCGUCUUCUGGCUUGCGUUGGAGAAGUGACGGACAAGUUCCCUGAACGACCUAGUGUCUGCAUGGACAUGGGCAUCAUUCCGCCACUCUUCCUCGUAGCCACCGGAUGUCGGGAUUAUAGAGUCCGCGAACGGGCGAUCGAGGCACUACGGUCCUGGCCGCACCGUGAAGGACCAUGGGACUCGAAUCUAGGGGCUCGUAUCGCUACCGAGAUAAUGAAAAUUGAGUCUGUGGCCGGUUCGGCGCCGCCGAGCGGGGAUACGGAGGGAUUCACCAGCGAACCUGCAAAUAACACUCCGGCGCCGCGUGGGGUGUCUGUGACUAUACCCGAAGAUCAAAUUCAUGCGUGCUUGUCAUAUUAUGUGGGCAACGAGCGGAAUGAACGGUGGUUCAAGCUUGACGGAAAGUGAGAC